AUGUCAACUGACUCGAAAUAUGAACUUGCUAUUGCUGAAUGUAAUUCUUUACGUCGACAAUUAAAAGAUACUUACGAUAAAUGUUCAGCAAUAUAUGAAGCGCUUUCAAUACUUGAUGAACAUUCAACAAAAGAACGAAUUUUACUUGAAAAUUUAAUUACGGAUUUAAAACAAACAAUAAAAAAUGAAUUAGAAAAAAAUAUGAAUUUAUACAUUGAAAAAUUACAAAUUGAAAAAAAAGAAAAAUUUUCUCAACAAAAAUUAUAUGAUAAAACACAAGAUCUUAAUAAGAUAAUGGUUAAAUAUCGACGACUUUAUAUAAAUCAACAACAACAAAAAUAUAUUCAAGAUAAUCUUAUUAUUCGAAUGAAAAAAUAA